CAAUAUUUAUGCCUGUUUCAUUUUCAGCGUUAAGCCAGUUCGGUGCUACCUUUAUAUCCAGUCUAUGGGUGCUACACAUGGGGAAGUCGCGGGAUUUAAGUGAGUUUGAGCGGGGUAUGAUAGUGGGAGCCCGCCGCGCCGGAUACAGCAUCUCAGAAACGGCGAACCGGCUCGGCUUCUCCCGGACAGGGGUCUCCAGAGUCUACCGGGAGUGGUGCGAGAAGCAGAAAACCUCCAGUGAGCGGGGCUCCUGCGGGAGAAAACGGCUCGUGGAUGAUAAUGGAGAGAGGACGAUGGAGAGAGUGGUGGAGGCUAACAACCAUGCGACCACCGAGCAGAUCCAGGCUCUGUACAACAGCAGCGGCCAGGAGAGGUCCAUCUCCCUCACCACCACCCGGAGGACCCUGAAGCGGCUCGGCUACAGCCGGGGGACCCGGGACUCCACGCUGGUCCUGGCCGGACUGGACGCUCUGGCUGAGUACACCUCCUCCUCAGACCAGCAGGAGGACACCUCCUUCCCACACCUGCAGGAGGACACCUCCUCCUCCCCACACCUGCAGGAGGACACCUCUUUCCCACACCUGCAGGAGGAGGACACCUCCUCCCCACACCUGCAGGAGGACACCUCCUUCCCACACCUGCAGGAGGACACCUCCUCCCCACACCUGCAGGAGGAGGACACCUCCACGGACUUAGUGUGCAGCAAAGAGAGUGACCCCUCAUGAUGUAAGAUUGGAAACAUUGUACAGAAAUGGCGACCCAUUAACCCUCUGGAGUUUAUCUAUUUAUUGAAAAUACACGUUUUAUUUACAGUAACAGAGCCGGCACAAGCCUCCAUGGGGCCCUAAGCAGAAUUCGGGCCCUCUAUUUCUGCCAAUAAUAUUGAUUGUUAAUAACAUAAAUAAUACCAAUGCAAUAAUAAUGCAAAUAAUACCAAUAAAUGAAUGAUGUCCAGGGUUUUUAGUCUCAAAAUGUAGCACAUUCAAAUACAAGAGCGACCUGGGUUUGUAAAAACAAAAAUAAUAUAUAUUAUAUACAUUAUAUUAUAUACAUAUAGGCCUACAUCAGCAGCAGCACUCUUUUGACAUAUCUUUGAUUAUACAGAAACUCAAUCACUAAAUCACUCAUACAUGCAAAAAAUAAAAAAAUAUUAUUGGUAUUUGCUCUUGGGGGCCCCCUAGUGGCCACGGGGCCCUAAGCAGACGCUUAGUUCGCUUAUGCCUUGGGCCGGC